CAGCGAGCAGUGGCGAGCGGCGCGGCGACGGCGCCGGCGGUGAGGCAGUGACGCAGCACCCGCGCCCGCGCGCCGCUUCAGCGCGGGAGUGCUCGUGUGCCGGCUUGGGCUCGACACCGAGCGCCGCACCUCAUUGCAGCCGGCUCCCUCGUAUAAAGCGGAGGCCCGCGCCGCCCGCGCGCAGUCACGACCCGACCACGCUCUGUGCACUCCGACCUCCGCACGUGCAUAUCUAUCCUUACUUAGUACGAUAUAGUGACUACAGUGACAAUGGCAGAACAGGAAUGGGGAUACACAGGCGAGAAUGGGCCCUCGACCUGGACAGACAAGUUCCCGGAGGCGCGGGGCGCGCGACAGAGCCCCGUGGACAUCGACACCUCGCUGGCCAGCAGUGGCGGCAGCGCUCCGCCCCUGGCCUGGCGGUACUCCGUCAACCAUACGCGCUCCGUCCUGAAUCCGGGAUACUGCUGGAGGGUGGAUGAGAAUGGAUUCGAGUCAGAACUCCGCGGCGGCCCGCUCGGCUACGACGUUUACAAGUUGGAGCAGUGGCACUGCCACUGGGGCGCCAAGAACGGCGUGGGCUCGGAGCACACGGUGGACGGCCGCUCCUUCUCCGGCGAGCUGCACCUCGUGCACUGGAACACCACCAAAUACAACAGCUUCACCGAGGCCGCUGGGCAGGCUGACGGGCUCGCUGUGCUUGGCGUGCUCUUGAUGGUCGGCAGAAAGCACCCCGAACUAGACAAGGUGGUGCGCCUCCUACCCUUCAUCCGACACAAGGGGGACAAGGUGACGAUGUCGGACCCGCUGGACCCGGCGCAGCUGCUGCCGCCGCGCGCCGCCUACUGGACGUACCCCGGCUCGCUCACCACGCCUCCGUGCACUGAGUGCGUCACGUGGAUCCUGUUUAAGGAGCCUGUUGAGGUCUCAGCUGAACAGUUGGCUCUGAUGCGGAAAUUACGGUGCGGCGAGGCCUCUUGCGGAGAAGAAUCCAUGGAGUUACUCCACAACUUCAGGCCGACGCUGCCGCUGGGCAACCGCGAGCUGCGCGACUACGGCGGCAACUAGCACCGGGCCCCAAGCUGCCCACCGUCCGCACUGACAGCUAGCGCUGCAACUCACGAGCUUCGCCUAUAGUUGCUGCGGUACCAACGGACGACCGCGGAUAUAAUGUCAUCUUUCACUCUUGGAUUAUCAUGUACAAGUGCGAAAGAACAUUAAUUUACAACGUCGAACGGCAGCUAUAUAGUACCGCGGCGGUUGGUAGAUACCAGCGGUGCCAUGCACGCGAGACGCGGGAUGCACUAGAGUUCCUAGUUGCACACAAGUAUUUUUUUAUACCGUUGUAUUAUUAUUAGUCGCCUCAGGUACUUACAGGGUGUUUUGUCCGCUCGGUGAUGACUGAUGACGGAUUAUAUGAGCGGGUCGAAGGUUAAAACGAUAAGUGGAAAUCAUAUUAUGAACAUUCAAGUGCCUUAGGCUAUCAGUUGUAAUCUUAACAACAUAAUUGUAAGAUGUUUUAGAAUUCUCAUUUUAUGUAAGAUUAAUUUGUUUGUAAUUGACCUUCCUUAGAAGGAAAACGCUUAGUUAGCGCAAUUAACCGGUAUAUUCUAUAAAUUAUAUUAUUUUAUUUAUUUAGUAUGUUACCCUUUAGCUAAGUAAGGGUUUAGGUAUAGUCAAAUAGGGGUAACAAAGGGGCAAAACGAUAAGUAACUAUGUCAAAAAAAUUAAAGUAGCAUAUGUACUGCAAAACGUUGUACGAUAAAUAGGUAAUUCGCAACUCGUGUCGAUUUAGAACACUCCCUACGGUCGUGUUUUAAUUUAUCGCCACUCGUUGCGAAUUUCCUAUUUUUCGCACUUGUAUCGUAAUUUACUAUUAUGGUCAAUCUUUCAACUAUCUACAUUAGUUCAUAGUAAAAUAUUUCUGUUUGAUAGAGAGGUAAUAACCUCUCGGUCCCCAAUUACCCCAGUUGCCAGUACUCUCAAAGUAGGUAUAGAAUGUUAUCGUUACCUACUUUAUUAACCUGAACACUAGAGAUUUGAUUUGCAAUGUCAGAUUGACUGUUACAGUCUCAUUUCAUUACAUUAGAUUGAUUGGCUAUAAUUGUAGUUAUAUGGUAGCUACAACCUACAACUUUACUAGAAUUUACAACUUUAUGGUUAUACAAAUACUUAAUAAAAAAUUACAAAUUUUAAUGAAGUUAUUUUUGUAUACAAAUUUGAAGUAGGUACUUGUUUUAUAUAUGCCUACUAGUCCAUAUUUUUGAACGCUGUUAACCAUAUUUAUGUAGGUAUCAGAGCUAGCAGUAGUUUUACAAUCUUGUAUGUGAUAUAUACGUGCAUUAAUUGUUAUAUGUGUAAUUGUGUAGCUAUAGUAGUAGGUAUGCUAGAACCGUGCCUCGAUAAAUGUGCCGCAGUUAUGUUAACUGUGACGCUAGUGAGUUUACAUUAGACUUGCUAAUCAGAGAUAUGCUUGUAAUAAGUAAUUUACAAAAAAAUAAAAAUAUAUAUGUUACACUUAA